AUGCCUGUGUGCAGUACAACCGUUGAUCUCCCCCAAGACAAACGGAAAGUUGUCCGGGUCAAGCGUCGGUGGAGAUUACGGGCCAAGAGCCUGUAUGUCGGUAUCAAGAACGAGAUUCCUCCGCCACCUGGAAGAGAGCGAUUCAUCCAAGACGAAUGGAACAAGGUCAUCAAGGAAGAAUUGCAAUUGCACCUGGACAAUAUCAAUCGCGAGAUACGGUACACCUGUCAAGGAAAAGACACUUGGAAAUCUAUCCUAGAGCCGGAACUCCUCUUGACAGGUUACCAAAUCGGAAAAAGUAUCAGCCUAUCCCCAAAAAUAUGGUUUCGCUGCGGGAGCGCGUGGACCGAGAAGAUCGUUCAAAAGGAAACUGGUGCACUUUCAUGGAUGGCGGAAAGGGGCCUCGGCGACCGGAUCGAAACCGGGCUCAAGUCAGCAAUACUGGUUUCCCAUGAACCAAGCCCGGUCCCUCGUCAAGUCCAGACCAUGUUGGACGACGGAAUGCAGCCGACGUCUGAGUUGCCAUAUGGCUAUACUCUGCAUAUCUGCACGGAAAAGCUUCGUGUCAUGGGUACCGUAAAUGGACUAUUGUGCUCAGCCCUGGUGAGAAAGGACGGGGAAGUGAGGUACCACUCGAUAUGCAGAAUCGGAGGGCUCAUCAGUAUCAAUGAUGGUGCAGAAAACAAGAUCUACGCAGUCACAACUGCUCACGGACUCCUCGACUAUUUCCUCAACGCCGACAACAUCCAGAAUACUGCACAAUCUGCACGGCCGCAACUUAAAUCAACGACCCGUCUGACAGAAAUCGCCAGUUCUUUUAUUGGUAGGCGCUUCAAUCGAUCUGCCACCCAGGUAGCCGCGUCCGCAAUGCAGACUGCAGACACAGUCAUGCAUGGCACCUUGUCGCAGCAGGAACUUGACUCGGUCGAGUGGGAGCCUGUCCGAAGCGUCUCCGCUACAAACUGGCUUGGUGGUGGGUGGGAAGUAGGGAAAGAAUUUCAACACCCCUUUUUUAUCCCGAGUCCAGAGCGACUGGUGCCUGAUGCUGACUUUGCGCUCCUGGAGCUUCCAUCCGAGAGCUACAAUACACCACAGCAUACCCGGACGGAUGAUCGCGCGGUUCAUGAGAUCAGAAAAUGGCUGAGUGAUGACCAACUUGACCCAGGCGAAGUCCAAGUCGUCUUGAGAAGUGAUAGACAGGUCUCUGCAGAAGGUCUGGUGACGGCUCAGCUGCUUUAUGAACGUCCUCACCUGUUCCUGAGGGGUGCUCCAUUUCCAACACGGAAGCUCAGACUGGAGAAGCCAUUAGCCUCCGGGACGUCUGGUGCAUGGGUCGUGCGUAACCAUGAGCUGUGUGGCAUGAUCGUUGCCAGUUAUGAAACUGAGCCAUUUGCCCACAUGAUUACGGCGGAGAAACUCUUUUCAGACAUCAGAAAAACUUUGGAUAUCAUGCCUGGUCAACUCACACUAGAUUUGCCUCAGACCAUAGACAUCCCCCUCGACACUCUCCAUGUUCUGCCGCCCAGACGCCGCAAGGGGACGAAAGCAGCCGAAAACGCCAUAUUUCAAGACUCCAGGGAUGACCUUGAGGCUUACAUAGCAAAGCAUGCUCGAACAGACAAGCACGAAACAUCAGCAGAUGGCAUGAUUGACAAGCUUAGAAAGGAACUUAACGAAGCCUUGGUUGUAUCGGCAGCACAUGAAUCAGGAAAAUUCUUGCCGCCGCAAUCGCUGAAGCAGAUACUUACAAGAUCGGCAGUUCUUAUAUCUCUUUGGCAAAUUUUUGAAGCAAGGACUAAAGCAGAGCAGCUUUUAAGCUAUAUCUUUUCUGAGGAAAGAAACUACAUAUUCUCCGAGGAAAGAGAGAGCCAAUCACUGAAGAUUUAUGGCAUUCUCAUCCUCGUAGGAAAAGCUUCAGAGAUCGAAAAAUUUGCAGAAGGUCGAAUCACUGAUCGCGAGCUCCCGCUCCCACCAACCGUCAAUAGGUCAAGGGAGGCUGGUUCCAAAUCUUCAGCCAAUGAUGAAAAAAGCGAGAUAGAUACUGCUCUCGCCUUUCUCAUGAACUGGGACCAUAGCUCGAUUGAUCUGUUCAAUGUUUACCAGUGGUAUUUCCUCAGUCCGUGCUUCGCUCAUGAUGCUGAUGGAAGCAUACUUCACUAUUCUUUACAGGACAAUGUCGUUCUACCUUGGAUAGAAAUGACAGAGGGCCAAACUGGUGGACACGGGAUUAUUUACAGAGUGAAAAUCCCCCCAUCAAACCACCAGUUCCCUUGUGGUGAUGAACCAGAUGUGUUUGCCGUGAAAAUGCUCUUUACAAACGACAAAGACGACUUUGCUCACGAGGGCGAUAUUCUCCAGAGUCUGUCAAAUAAACCACGAGUCGUGAACCUCUUGGCAACAUUUCAAUACCGGAAUAAGUUUUUCUUCAUCCUUCAGUGGGCGGCGGGAGGUUCGCUUCGCGACAUGUGGAGGCAAUACGAGGAUGCACCACCUCUGAGAGUUGCGUUACCUUGGUUCAUGGACCAAGCCCACGCCCUUGCGCAAGGGCUUCGCAGCAUUCACAGUCCACACAAAUCGUUUGACAUUGGUAUUUUGCACGGAGAUUUGAAACCUGACAAUGUAUUGGUGUUUAGACGUGACGUUCCAGAAGGAGAGAUUGGUGGUUUACUAAAGAUCACAGAUUUUGGAUCGGCCCAGAGAAUCAUGCAGCAGCCAUUUAUGCAAGGUCCAAACAUAACCCGAGGCUUUAGUAGGACAUACAGGGCGCCAGAAAUUCAUAUGAUGGAUCAAAUGAAUGGCCUCUCGCUCAAGUAUGACAUUUGGGGUUUGGGCUGUACAUACCUUGAAAUGAUAUGCUGGUUGUUUCUGGGUCGAGAGGGCGUUGAAGAUUUCGCAACAUCAAGAGUCAAUGAAGACCGAGGCAUUGAAUCCGGUUAUCAGAUUAAGGAAGACAAAUAUUUUGUUGACGGGUCUGAUAGUCCACUCCACCCAGACUUUGCAGUCAAGAAAUGCGUCACAGAGCUCAUCUCACGAUUGAAAGACCUCCCUACCUGCCCGUCAUCCCUUAAGGCAGUUCUCACUCUCAUACAAGAAGAUAUGCUGGUUGUAGACCCAAGCCGCCGACUAAGUGCAAAGUUUAUAUCAGUCGAAUUAAAUUUCAUCAUGAGAGAAGCUGGUCUCAAGGACAGAUACGAAUCCACUGAUGAAGGCUUUGCUCCUUUUUCCUCGAAAAAGCCAACCGCGGCAGAUCAGUUUCGGCCGUUUGAAUUCAAGCGUCGAGACCAUUUCGAUUCGAUCACAGAAUCCCAAAGAGCCGCGGCAAGGGUUUCUGCUGUCAAAUUGAGACUUCCCGCUCUCAAAAAUGAGAGGCUUGCUGACCAUGAGAGGUUUACUGUUUUACAUAAGGCUGUUUCCAAUCAUCUUGCACAAGAGCCUGCUCUCACAGAGGAACUUAUCACUUCACAAGAACGAGUGAUCCAGCAUUCUUCUCUCGACGUAGAGAAGAAGAAUCACCUGGUGCCCGUUGACGUCAAGACGAUUGAUGAGUUCGUUGCCGAGGUAGCCAACCAGAAAGAAACUCAGCGAUUCACGUUGCGACGGACAGUGGAGCGCAGGCAUCUAUGGAAUAUGCAAAAAGCGAUCCGAGAGGUGGCUAUGCAGGACGGAGGCAAACGCUAUGCGGCAUUCAAGGAUGAUUUCUCCGGAAUGACAGGCGAAGAAUUGACCAACAUGAGGACGGACCUUUACACUCGUAUUGCUGCGGUUGACAGCCUCCUGGUUGAACAACUACGAGCGAGGGAACAGAAGGGAGUGGAGGGGACAGCCAAGGUCAAGGGGGAUAUGCGAAGCGCGCCAGAAAUGGUUGUAAGAUAG